GUGACAGGAUGGUUGAUCCCUGUUGAGACAAGGUGGUUGGUGGUCUUCGGUGACCUUUGGCCAGCCAUCAUUUUCAUCCUCUGUUUCGUCUAUUUCAACCAUCCAUGUCGGAUGUGCUGUGAAAUUUCUGGAAAAUGUUGGAAAACUGUACCAAGCUUUCUCCGUACACCAGAAGCACAAGCGAGCUCACAUCUUAACACUGCAAGAAGCUGGAGAGAUAAUGAAAUCUGUUUCUGGGUGCCUUCAAGGCACUGUUCAAUCAGUGCAGACAUUGCUGGGCAACAGCCAUUUCAAACAUCCAACAUGUAUGCAGUUACAUUAUGCCAGGGAUUUUGAGACUGCAACCCUGGAAUCAGCAAAAAGAAUGACACAGUGGUCCAUUUUUUAAUUCACACACUCAACAUCAUAUUAUCCUAUACCCUCGACACAAAUUCACCUUAAAGAUUUUCCAAGGAUGACGCAACAAAACCUGCCUGUCAUGAGUUCAGCUGACCAAGAUCUGAUGAGAAACUGGGCAAACACACACGGUAAGUGCGUUAGACAACGCAUCGUCCGACAAGAAACCACCAAGUACAAGGCUGGUACUCUUCCUCUGAACAUGUAUCAGACUGCUGUCCACCGGGGAGAACAGCUAGAGUUUGCACCAGUAGAAAGAGUAGAACAACCUGAAUUUGCAAAGGAAGAGGGAAGAGAAGGCGCACCUACAACAAGGGACCCAGGAGACAAUCAGCUCUCCGAAUACAAUGACAACUCCUCCGACGAUGACUCUGAUGAUUUUGCAGUGGAGGAAGAUGGUGCCAUUCAUGAUAUGCAGAACGAGGAACUCGGUUUCCUUUUUGCAUCGCGCAGAACACGAAGUGGACAGAUAGUGAAAACAACA